AGCCCUCUGCCAGGGCACUCUGCGGCACUCUGGCAGCAUGUGGGCAGGCCUGAGCUGAGCAUGGCCCACAGCAGCUGGCUCCUGUGGCUCUUCCUAUGCUGCGUGGCAGGGCAGGCCACCCCAGGGGAGCAGAGGGAGCCCGUAGCUGAGGCUCUGGGCUACAGGAGGACACAGCCUAGGCCCAAUCUGCAGGACCAGCUCGUGGCACUGGGGCAGAGGGCUGUGCUGUGGCUGGUGAGCACUGUGGGGCUGUAUGGCCUGACCAGCCUGCUGGACGACUUUCCUGACAAGCAGAAGAAUGAGAGCCCAUACACCAUGCCAUCCUGCCAUGCUGCCAUCAUCUCCCUGCUGCUGAUCCUGACGGCUUCCCCAUGCUGGAGCUACAAGGCCAUCGGGCCUGGCUGUCAUCUGCACCCAUUUGAUGUAACCAUCAAGAGCGACCGCCGUGGGACCUGCCGUGGGUCCCAUGUGGUCCAGGCCUGUGUGGGCUACUGCGAAUCCAGCGCCUUCCCCUCCAAGUACUCCGUCCUGCUGGCCAGCAGCUUCAAACACAAUGUCACCUCUGUGUCCCAGUGCUGCACCAUCAGCAAGAUGCAGAAGAUCAAAGUCCGCCUGCAUUGCGGGGCCAUCCGCCACGAAGAGAUAGAGAUCUUCACCGCCAAGAGCUGCCAGUGCGACAUGUGCCGUCUCUCCCGAUACUGACUGGGCCGGGGAAGCCCUCUCCUGCGACACCCACAGACUGGGCUUGUCUAGAACUGUGCAUAUUAACAUGUGUCAGCAGGGGCUACUGCCGUCCAUACCAAGCUUGCUUUGCCACCACCAAGGGGCACCACAGCUGCUCCCAGCUUUACCAAGAGCUUCAAUUUGCCAGAGUGUUGCUGCUGUAGGUUUGUCUUUGCAAACAGAUACCAUUAGCAGACAGCCCCCCAGCUGGACAAACCACAGAGCCAGGCUCCCCAACCCAAGCAGGGCUGUAAAUGGGGUGCUGCCUGUAGGCUGGGCCUAGUCAGAAAAAUUCAUAGGCUUUCCCCUCUGCUGUGCUGCCAAGAAGCCAAUACCUGAUCUCAGGUUAAUGUACCUGGCUAGAGCAUAAAAUAUGCUCCUUCCUGACCCCUAGAGAAGAGCUCAGCUCAUGCCUUGGACCCUGAGAGUUGAUUGUCACUCUCAGGAAAGAUCCCUGCAAGGACAUGCCUGAAUCCUGACCCCAUAACAAAGGGAACCCUUUAAGGCCCCUUUAUUUACCAAGCAGAGCAUCCUAGUACUGAACUGACCUAGGCCUCCUAGGGAGUCUAUGGAAGGAAAGUACAUCCCCAUUGCUCAUUUUUAUAUGGGAGUGCCAGAGGCAGCGCUAGAGACAUAGCUCCACCCUGCACACAUCUCACCUCACCCACACCAGCUGGAGCUGGAAUAGCUACCAGAGGCUGUAGUGGGGUAGCCAGAGGGCUGUGUUUUAUACGCUGGCGCUAUGGGAUCUAGUUGUUCUGACCUGCUGUGUGACCAUGCGCACGUUCUUUCUUCUUACUGUGCUUGGGUUUCUUCUCCCAUCAUUUGCCUAUUUAGAUUGUGAGCUCUUU